GGUCCUGACUAGCGCAGGCGCAGUACGUCGACAGCGCGACACGAAGCGGCCAUGGACGACGAGGAGGAGACGUACCGCCUCUGGAAGAUACGCAAGACUAUCAUGCAGCUGUGCCACGACCGUGGCUACCUGGUGACACAGGAUGAGCUGGACCAGACGCUGGAGGAGUUCAAAGCCCAGUUUGGGGACAAGCCGAGUGAAGGGCGGCCACGGCGCACAGACCUCACCGUGCUGGUGGCCCACAACGAUGACCCCACCGACCAGAUGUUCGUCUUCUUCCCAGAGGAGCCCAAGGUGGGCAUCAAGACCAUCAAGGUGUACUGCCAGCGCAUGCAAGAGGAGAACAUCACCCGCGCCCUCAUCGUGGUGCAGCAGGGCAUGACGCCCUCUGCCAAGCAGUCUCUGGUCGACAUGGCCCCCAAGUACAUCCUGGAGCAGUUCCUGCAGCAGGAGCUGCUCAUCAACAUCACGGAGCACGAGCUGGUGCCCGAGCACGUUGUCAUGACCAAGGAGGAGGUGACGGAGCUGCUGGCCCGAUAUAAACUCCGGGAGAACCAGCUGCCCAGGAUCCAGGCCGGAGACCCGGUUGCGCGAUACUUCGGGAUAAAGCGCGGCCAGGUGGUGAAGAUCAUCCGGCCCAGCGAGACGGCGGGCAGGUACAUCACCUACCGGCUCGUACAGUAGCGGACACGCCCGCAGCCCCGGAGACAGACGGACCGUGGGGACCAGCACCCUCAGGACACCGGCCAGGAUGAGGACGGCGUGCUGUGGCUGGCGACGCACGGUGUCCCCGCGGUGGGUCCUUGGGGCCUGGCGGGCUGUCAGUGCUGAUGGUGCUGGAUCCACACAGGCCACGGCCCGAGGAGAGCAAGAGGGGCUGCGAGGACCCAGCCCUGGGCAGCCAGCGUCGUGGAAGAGAGUCUGGGUCUUCUCAGCUUCCUCGGCUCCAGGGGCCCCGUGCUCGCCGGCCCGAGAUCCCCCUGUGUGUUUCUGAACUCAGCCAGGGGUGAGGUUAAGAGCACGUCAAGUUGUGAGUCAGUGCUGAACGCUGGGUGUUGUUAAAGUUAAAGGUCUUUUGAGUAACCGCGUCUGUGUGUUUGAGAAAUCUGAGCAGGAUGGCAGGGUUACAGCGUGCGGCCCCUGUGACAGGUCUCUGCAGCGUAGUUUAAUUGUCCCCUUUCGUCAUGAGUGCCCUGCUGGCACAGCCAUACUCCCUGGUCACUGCCCAGGGUCACUCUCUCACCUUCUGGCCUUUCCAGUGCGUAUUUACACUAACACGGCGACCAGGGACAUGCUUUCCUCCUCACUUCCUCUCCUCUCACACAGAUGUCCCCCACAGGGAGCUGCCAGGUGGGGUCCCGCAGGGAACGUGCUGGAGGUGGUAACUGCCAGCGUCCAGUCCCGAGGGCGGUGGCGUCCUGCCCGUUCCCCGUCUCCCCCGUCACCCUUCUGUGUGAUGAGCAGCCGGUUCUCUUGGCCGUCCUCUCGGCUGGUCUGUGCUGGCUGCACCCUGUUGGGCCGUCUCUGGACCGCAGCCGUGCGGGGGGACGACAGCUCGCCGUUGCCCUUCGCCCUUGCUCGUGGUGUGGUGAUGCCUCGGAGUGUUGUUGUCAUUUUCCUUACAUCCGAUUGUUCUCCUCAAGGUGAAAUUAACCCAAGAAAGCUAACGUAUUAGAGUGCACAAUUCAGUGGUUUCAGUAAACGCACCUUGGUCCAGUUCCAGAACAUUCCAUCACCCUUAACAGAAACUCAGUGCC